UCUAUUCGGACGUAUUAUUUCAACAGUCGGGUAAACAUAGUUAUUUUGAUAGAGUUGGCAGUGAAACAGCAAAAAUGCAUAAAGUCCGUCGUGCGAACGAUGCAGUUCUCAUGUACAUGAGCGAGUUGGGAGCCCGUGUGGUGGCGGAGUCAGGAAGAGCUGAGGACAUGUUCCAUCUUGGCAAGCUGACGCUACGAAGCCUUAAAGAUGACCCGGGGUUUGUUCUGCAGAUCGAUGCCGCAACAGACGAAUCGGAGACGAACGCCUCUGUCCUGGAGAGGAGCGUGAAAUGCGCUAUAAGCCUGAAGAAUCUGGGGUUACAGUGUGGUGACGUCAUCGUCCUCAUGGCGCCGAACCACGUUGACCUGGCCAUACCAUUCUAUGCUGCACUGUACCUUGGAGUCACCGUUGCCCCUGUGGACAUGACUUUGACAGUUAAUGAGUUGAAAGGGUCGUUCGAUGUAAACAAACCAAAGGCAAUUUUCUGUCAAAGCAACAAGGCAUCCGAUAUUCAGUUAGCUCUCAAUGAGUUGGAACUAAAUGCUGCAAUCAUCACCUUUGACAAGGGUGACUAUCUGACGAGUUUUGCUGAACUCUUGGACAGGUUUGGUGAUGAUAUGACUGUUGAGAAUUUCAAAGCGACUGACUUCGAUCCCGAAGACACGAUUGCUGUUUUGAUUCCCACUAGUGGGACCACCGGACUGCCGAAGUCAGCUGCCGGUACUCACAAGAAUUUCACUAUCACUGGACCUUAUUGGUGGUCCCGUUUCGACACCUUUCCUGGCCCAACAAAAAGCGCGUUGGUAGGGUCCCCUCUGCAAUGGCUGACCGCAUUGCUACACGUCAUAAUGUCUCCUAUCUUGCGAUAUACCAGACUUCAGUCGGCCCUGCCGCUUACGAGGGAUCAUGCUUAUCAUGUUAUCAAUACUUACAAGCCAUCGUACUCCACUCUCAGCCCGACCUUCAUGAUCAGCUUGAUCAGAGAGAGAGACAAGUGUGAUUUCACCUGCUUUGAGGUCAUAUACCUUGGGGGCAGCGCUGUGUCUGCUGAGCUUCUAGCUGAAUUACAGGAAAUCGCCCCAAAUACAGAGUUCCGAGCUAUAUAUGGGAUGAGUGAGAUGACCUCUAUCGGUCUCCACCCCGACGACCCGCCGCCAGACUCCGUUGGCAAGCCUCUGGGAUGCCAUAAGUAUCGGAUUGUGGAUAUAACAACUCAGCAAGAUGUGACGGAGCCUCACAAACAGGGAGAGCUCUGGGUUAAGGGACCUGGGAUUUUCAAGGAAUACUACAACAACCCAAAAGCUGUGGAGGAGUCGUUCGCAGAGGACCGCUGGUUCAAAACUGGUGACAUCUUCUACAGGGACGAGAACUGGAAUAUGUUCUUCGUGGAGCGAUACAAGUUGCUACUCAAGUAUAUGAGCCAUCAUAUUUCCCCAGUAGAAGUCGAGAACGUGAUCAGACAACACCCAGGCGUGCUGGACGUGGCAGUGACCGGGAUACCGGACCCGGAGUGCGGGGACCUGCCCGUCGCUUGCGUCGUGCGCCGCACCGGACAUGACGUCACUGCUGAAGGGAUCAAAUACUUGGUCAAAGCCAACCUCGCAGAUUCGAAGCAACUUCGUGGAGGUGUCGUCUUCCUCAAAGAGAUACCGAUGACUACGUCAACUAAAGUGCACCGACGGAAAUUAAAGGAGGCAGUUCUUCACAUGCAAAGGGAAUAAUAGAAAAGAGAAUACCAAUGCACCAAUGAGUUAUUACUUUAUUUUAAGUACAGUUUUCACUAACACACUUGGCUCGACCAUUCUAGACGGCGAUACGGUACCACCUUUCACGUUGGUCUUAACAGAAAACUCGGCGAGGUGUGGGUACUUGGGAAUUGGGAUACACUCUUUAUGUUAUGAACUAGUCCUUCUCUCUUCUUUUUUUGAAUUAUGAUGCGAGUGUAAAUGGUAAAGUUAGAAGGAGAAGGCCUAGGCGUACAUACCGCGAUCAGAUCCGAAUGUUACUAAACCAGCGCAGCGUGUAUGAAGACUUUGAUGGAAAUGAAAGAGCCGAAAGUGGUGUGUCAUGAUUGCGUGUACAGGGAAAACCAGCCCACAUAAACAGCCUAUACUUAUAAGUCCCACUGCUGGGCACAGGCCUCCCCUCAAUCAACCGGAACCACGCUGCUCCAAUGCGGGUUGAUGGAGGUUUUUUACGGCUAAUAGCCGGGACCAACGGCUUAACGUGUCCUCCGAAGCACGGAAUCAUCUUACUUUGGCGGCGAGGGUGUGCUGCCGCCAAAGGAUGUUUUCGGGGUACCGGACAGAGCACAGUACCCCGCUAGCCACAAGUUUAAAGUGUGACUAGGGAUCGACGAUCCAGGUUAAAUCACAUACUUCCGAAAAUGCAUUUCUCGGGAAUGUGGGUAGUCCUUACGAUGUUUUCCUUCACCACUGAGCACGUGAUAAUCAUUUACGAUACAAAAAUGAAUUCGAAAACAAAAUCGACAAUCAUUGGUUUAGGCCUGUUCUGGAUUCGAACCUGCAACCUUAAAGUGAGAGGCAAACGUUCUACCUACC